CUGAUUAAAACGGAUCUCGGAAAAUGAUUAAAAAAAAAUAAAGAUGUUGGAUAAAAUUUUUGAUCAUUAAACUUGUUUAUUUAAUAGAAAAAAAUAAUUAACUUUCAUUCUAAUGAGUCAACAUAUCAAUUUAUCUUUAGAUACAGUAUUUUUUUGUAUUUAAAAUAAUGGAAAGUGAUUAUUCAACAAAGACGAGAAGUGAUUCAGUGCAACGGAAAAUAUGGGCACAAAGGGUAUUAAUAAUUUUCUGAAAUUAUCGAUAUUAACUACAACAAGUGAUGGCCGAGAAAAUAGAAAAUGAUACUAAGCCUGUGAUAAAUUUGGAGGAUGAUAAUUUAUUCGAGUUGAAAUGCCUAAUCAAAGCAACAGAAAUUCUUCUCUCUGCUCGCUGCGAAAUUGGAAAACGACAAUUGUUAGCGUUCACCACUCGACAUUCAGAUAUAGGUCUUUUUUAUCAACCUGAUUCUAAUCAUUUACCGUUUAUUAAGCGGAUACCAUGGUUUCGUGCUCCAAACCAAGCUAUUUCUGCUCUCUGUUUUGAUCUAACUGGUUCAUGGCUUUUAACAGCCUGUAUAGAUGGAUCUCUAUAUAUUAUUCCAGUUUUAGCAUUAUUAGAUGAUCAACAUGUAACAGAUCACAAAUGGUCUACGAAUGAUAUUACUCCUUUAUCUAUCAUUGAUCAUCAGUCUUCCUUUUCUCGACCUCGUGCAUUAACUUGGUGGCAAGGAGUAACUCAAUGCAGUCACAUAGGAAUAAUAGGAACAGAAGAAGGUGAGAUCAUUUUUAUAAAUUUAGAAAAUGGUCAGUGGAUCGAUUCUACUCGUGUUAAUGGCAGUAUAUCGAGUCUUCAUAUCUGCCAAGAUAAUAGUUUAGAAAUAGUUUCUCUUUUAAUAACAAGUAAAACUCAACAACAAUGGAGAAUAAUUUUAGAACAACGUUCGAAUGGUUGUAUUUUUUCUUCAAACAACGAAAGAGCAUGUUCGUCAUUUCUUCCUUCACAAUUUGAUCGAUUCAAUGAUGAUACAAAAUCUUUGCCACAGACACGGUCACGUCUUCAAGGUCUUAAACAACUGUCUGUAGAAAAAUUAACAAUUUUGAGAAAAAAGUUGGCCGAAAGUCGAACUAAAAAUGCAAUAAAUUCUCAACCACGUCGAGACAGUAGUAGUAGCAGUGGAAAUGAAGAAAUAUUGUCAGAAUCAUCUCCAAAAUUAUCAUCUAAGGGCAAAGAUUCACUUAUAUUGGAACCUCUUUUAGAAGACAUUCUUUUAUCUCCACAAUAUACUAGACAAGGUCAACAUCUUUAUACAGCCUAUUGCGUUAGCACAAAUCAUAUCACAAUCCAUGGCACAGAUAUUUCUAUAGUUCCCUUCCAUAUGUAUAAAAUGCCACAUGUCUGUAAAGACAUUUUACUUACUCAACGAUUUUUUUUUAUUACUGGAUCAAAUAGACGAUCUCUCUCAAUUAUUUCCUGCCCAUUAUCUGAAACCAAAAUUAGUGAUGAAUCUGAAUUUAAUCCAGAAGCAAUGAUAGGGCGUUUCGAAUUUGAAGAUUCACACGAAAUUAUUAUAAAUAUCUAUCGUACAACAGAAUACAAGGAGUCUGAAGAAAAUUCCAAAGAAGAAAUAAAGAUUUUACCAACGAAAAUUGAAGAUAUAAAUAUUGAAUUACCUUUAUUUGAUACUUGUUUAAUAGUAACGAAUUAUGGGAUUUAUAAAAUUGUUUUAAGAAGGCCUUUAUUGAAUGUUUUUAUAGAAUUAGCUUUAAGUAAUAAGAGCAAUAUUGAAAGAGCAGCACGUAUAGGUGUUGUUUUCGGAUUAAAUGUUCCUCAAUUAUUUGAGGCAGCUGGUGAUAUUCAUUUAACGAAUAGCAAAUUUCACGAAGCGGCAAUGUUAUAUAAACUAUCAAAAUGUAGACUGCUGAAAGGCGUAUUGAAGACGGCGGCGAAUGGUCAUACUGCUAAAUUAUUAAGAUGUUUAAAUUAUUGUUUAUCACCACCAGCAGUCAUUGAACUCACAACAACUACCAGAAUUCACUUAUCUAAUCUCACAGUCUUUGCAUUCAGUGAAUUGAUUCUUCGCGCAUCGCCCCAAGAAGCCAAUACAUUACAUAAAGAUUUCUUAAUGUUUUUAUCUAAAAAUACUUUUUACGACGAACGGUGGGUUGUUGAUGUUGUUGGGCAAACAUGUCUCUGGAAAGUGCUUCAUCAUUUAGCCACUCAGAGAGGGCUUUAUGCACAAGUGCUCGAGACUCUCAUCAAAACUAUUCAACCCUACAAUACUCCAAGUUGCUCAAUUUCCCCUCUUCACACUAAAUAUGGACUUUUAAUCUGUAUUAGUGAGCCAGGUCUCUUACAAGCAAUGUUAUCAACACCUUUUUUAGCUCGAAGUCAUAUGACAUUUGUUCUCUCUAAUCUUUCCGACUUUCAAACUUUUGUGCUUCAACGUCUUGUAACUCUUUAUGAUCCUACAAAUCCAGCUUUUAGACCAUUACUCGUUAGAUAUUGUUCACGACGUCGUACCACGUCACAUAGUUCACAAUCAAGUCAGUGCGAUUCUCUAGAUUCUUCAGAUAUGCUAGAAGAAAAUGGCUGUCUCGUUGAAGAAAUAUUUGAAACAUUUAUAAUGAUUUUACUGACUUUAAUUAACAAGAGAUCGCCAGUGUUGAAACACAAUCCUAUGUUAGUUGAAAAAUUACAUCUUCCAGAUAUUGAAAGGAAGUUUACUGAUGUACUACCAAAUGUAGAUUUUAAAAGAAGACUUUUAGCAGCUGGUUAUGGUCAUGUAGCUUUAAUUAGAAAUGGUAAUGUCUAUACCUGGGGUAAUUCAGUACAAGGAUGUCUUGGUACAGGUCCAACUAUAUUGAGAUAUGGACUUCCAACAGCUAUUAAUAUUUUUAAAAAUUUAGAAAUGGAAGUUUUAAGUGUUUCCUGUGGUCGCUGUCAUACUUUGGCUGUUACUAACAAUGGAGUUUAUGCUUGGGGUGGCAGUCAAUAUGGACAAUUGGGACUUGGACGAGUUUUACAAAGUCCACACCCAGAAUUAAUUACUUCUCUAGCUCAGGAAAUUAUUGUUGAUGCAGUAGCUGGUCAGUAUCACUCAGUAGCCUUGUCAAUAGAUGGAAGAAUUUUUACAUGGGGUUGGGGUAUUCAUGGACAACUUGGACAUGGAAAUACUCAAAGAAAAAAUGUUCCUACACUUGUAACAGCACUUUUAGGAGUUAUUAUACGUGGAAUUGCUGCUGGACAUGCCCAUACAUUAGCUUUAUCAGUUGAAGGAGUUGUUUAUUCAUUUGGCUGCAAUAUUUUUGGACAAUUAGGAACCGGAAAUAAUAUUAAAUCUUCAAUUCCUCAAGCUAUUUCUUUAAUACCUGAACCCAUCACUGAUAUAGCAACUGGAUAUUUUCAUAAUCUUGCUGUGAGCUCAUCAAAUAAAUUGUACACUUGGGGAUCCAGUCCUCAAGUCCUCCGGCUUCAAACUCUUACACAAAAAAAGAAUAAAUUGGCAGAAUUCCAAGCUGCUGCCGAGAAACAUGCUGAAAGCCUUGAAGAACUGGAAUCUGAAGUAGAGAACGCUAAAGACAUACUUGAUUCAGAUGAUGUAGAUUGUAAUGAUAAAUUAUCUUCAAUAGAAAAGCUUGCAAUUAAAACAGUAAAUGAGAGAAAGCUGACUUGUCCCAAUGUUCCAAUAAGUGUUAGUCUUCGAGAUAUAAAUUUAGGAUUUUUAGAAGAAGCUCAAACUCAUUUAAGACCAAUUUGUAUUGAUACAAGUUUGGUACAAGGCAGAAUCGUUCAAAUAUCAACUGGAUGUCAUCAUUCUGCUCUUUUAACCAAGGACGGUACUGUUUAUUGCUGGGGAAGAAAUGUAGAUGGUCAGAUUGGUAAUGGAUCAAGAAAAGAUAUUACUAUUCCAACUCCCUUAACUUAUAAUCCAGUUUCUUUGCUUGCUCAGAUUCCUCCUAGAAGUGGACAAUCAGCUGGAGGCGCAGAAAACUCGGAAAAAAAAUUAAUUAUCAAUUCAAGUGAUGAUAAUUCUAAUGGAAAACGAGAUCAGAUCAACAGAGUCAUCAAGGCGGUUCGCGUUUGCUGUGGAUGUGAGUUUACAGUUGCCAUUCAACCCGGUGGAACCGUUUUAGCCUGGGGAUCUUCAAGUAUCGCUCAACUAGGUCGACCACCUACCAAAGAAUCAGGAAAUGUUACAGAGAAACUUGGUUUUAUUAAAUCAUCUAAACGAGUAGUAAGACUUCCGCAUGGAACACACGUGGUUCAGGACACACCUACUCAAGUUCCAAGUAUCCCUACGCCAAUCAUCACAUAUCAAAGUUAUGACGUUACUCCAUUAGCACGCAAGAUUCAUCCUUUAAGCCUAAUUGAAAAAUCUGCAGGUGAAUUAACUCUUCAUUAUGUAUUGGAACAAUAUAAUGGACUUUACGAUGCCGGCAAAAUAAUGGAAAAAUGUGAUGAACUUGGAAAUUAUCAAGCAAGAGCAAAACUUGCUUUACUCGAACAAAACUUUUCAAUUUCUUUGGCUUAUCAACUGAAAACUCUCAAUCCUGAGAACUACAAGACUGUUUUAAUGUCUUCCGCGCGUGAAAGUAAUGAGACGAUAAAGAAAUCGUGUGAGAAAUUAAAAGAAAAUACGGAAUUAUUUGAUAAGCAAGUAGAAAAAAAUUUAGUUGAUACACUAGAAGAGAAUGAAUCGAAGAAAAAGAUUAAAAUGUCGAUUAGUAAGUCCUUGGACAGUAUUAAUAUUUUAGAACAAGAAUUACAUACAUUUGAUUGUCAAGGAGGCUCGGAAGAACUUUGUGAAGACACAAAGAGUUAUGAUAUUUCUUUUGAUCUCACUGAAGAUACUUUAGAUAAUGAUAAUGAUUUACCAGUUCUUUUAUCGAACAAAGAGUCAUUUAAUAAUGAUUUAAAUAAUGAAGAUAAAAAUAUUAACAAUAACAAUCGAACUAUGCAAAUGAAUUGCCAAGAACAUAACGAACAAGAAGAAUCUUCAAAUGAAAUGAAAGCUAUUAUCGUUGAUGCCUCUAAAAUUAUUAAAUUUUACAUCAAUGAAAUUGAGGAAAGUAUGCAAAAAGUUUUACGACAAAUUUUACAAACAAUCUUCGAUUUUUGGAUUAAAAAUCAUUUUCCUAUGGAUGUCUUGGAGCAGUUAUUAACAGAGAAUAUUAAUAAACUUUACUAUCCUCUAGGUUUGCUUAUUUUUUGUCAAAACCAAGUAAAUGAUAAAACAGACCCAAAUAAAAAUGGUAUAGAAAGUAAAAAUUAUACUAUUAUUGAUCACUUGUCUACAAAAUUUUGUCUUCAAGUCUGUAGUUUACUACUUGAUCAUAUUGGUGAGAAAAAGCCUGCACUAGAGUAUAUAGAGCUAUUUUCAAUGCUUACUGCAAAAAAUUAUGGAUCUUCUCUAAUUAAUUAUGGAUUCAAAGAAAACAAAAGUGCGGAACAAAUGAUGGAAGGAAUUAUUGGAGUAAUAUCGUCAAAAGCAAGUGAUCCUCGUCCUUAUAUUCAUAUAAAAGAUCCAGAAAAAGUUUCGAAUUUUUUAGAAAAUAAUGAAGAUACAGUUGUUUUUACCUGUGGUCAUCAUUUUCCACUUUCAGUUUAUCAAUCAGAAAUUAUACCUAAUAUGGAAGCUGAGCUACUUAUGUCGCAACAAAUGUCACUUCCAUGUACUGCACAAACACUGGGAAACAUGUUGAGUCAAGUGUGCAAUAAUAAAAUAGAGAUUAUGUGCCCGCGAUGCGUCCCACAAGCAAUUCAGACAGUUGCUAAGAAUCUCAUGGAUAGGUAGAAGUGUUUAUAUAAGUUUGGUUUAAAAAUUAAUAAGUAAAGAAUUCCUUCUUUACUCUCGACGAAAUUGAAAUCAAUUUUUUUGUGUUAAAUUUUCAAAAGUGAUUAUAAUUAUAGCGUGACUUAGUCACUAAAGUAUACAUAUAUAUAUAUAAAUAUAUAAAUAUAUAUGUUCCAAUGAUAAAUUAAUAUAAAAUUUUAUGUAAAAUAUCAAAUGAAAAGAGUUUUGACUGAAUAUAGAAUUUUUUGGUAGAUGAAAGUCAUUAAUACUUAAAUUUCAAAUGAUUACAAAAUAGUGUGACUUAUAUUUAAUUGCUAAUUUUUUUCUC